ACUGGCUGUUUUUGAAGACUGAAGAUUGUCAUUGACUUUUUAACCAAAGCUGUAUGCUGAAGUAAGUUUGCCUUGGAAAUACUAAGUUGGGGUAACCCAAAUCUGUUUUAGAACCAUGAAAAUUUUGCUCGCUUUUGACUUUGACAAUACAAUCAUAGAUGACAAUAGUGACACCUGGAUUGUACAGUGUGCUCCAGAGAAAAAGCUUCCUAUUGAACUACAAGAUUCUUACAAAAAAGGAUUUUGGACAGAAUUUAUGGGCAGAGUCUUUCAGUAUCUGGGAGAUGCAGGUGUCAGAGAAGAGGAGAUGAAGAGAACAGUGACGUCAAUGCCUUUCACUCCAGGGAUGGGGGAGCUUUUAAACUUUAUAAGAAAGAACAGGGAUAAAUUUGAUUGCAUCAUUAUUUCAGAUUCAAAUUCAGUCUUCAUAGAUUGGAUUUUAGAAGCUGCCAAUUUUCAUGAUGUGUUUGAUAAAGUGUUUACAAAUCCAGCAGCUUUUGAUGGCAGCGGUCAUCUCUCUGUGAAAAAUUAUCAUGCUCAUUCUUGCAAUAGGUGUCCCAAAAAUCUUUGCAAAAAUGUAGUUUUGGUAGAAUUUAUAGAUAAACAGUUACAACAGGGAGUAAAUUAUACACAAAUUGUUUACGUGGGUGAUGGUGGAAAUGAUCUUUGCCCAGUAACCUUUUUAAAGAAGAACGAUGUUGCCAUGCCACGGAAAGGAUACGCUUUACAGAAAACGCUUUCCAGAAUGUCUCAAAAUCUGGAGCCUAUGGAAUGUUGUGUUCUAGCUUGGUCUUCAGGUGUUGAAAUAAUUUCUCAUUUACAGUUUCUAAUAAAGGAGUAAUAUGCCAACAAUGGAAAUGUGUAUCAGUUAAGAUUAGGUUCAGUAGCAUAAAACUAAGACCCCCAAAUACCAGUGGCUUAAAAAAAAGACUUUUUUUUCCUCACUUAAAAGAAUUCCAUAGGUAUAUCUCAAGGCUGCUGUGUUGCUCUACCAAUUUCAGCACUUGGCUACCAGCUCAUGACACAAGGCGUGGCUCAGUGAAUUGAGUGCUGGCCUGCAAACUAAAGGAUCGUGGAUUCCAUUCCCGGUGGCACAUGCCUGGGUUGCAGGCCAAGUCCCCAGUAGGGGGUGCGCUAGAGGCAACCACACAUUGAUGUUUCUCCCCCUUUCUCCCCUUCCCUCUCUCUAAAAAUAAAAUCUUUUGAAAAAUUUUAAAAAAGACUGUUUAAGCUCCAAUCCUCACAGGAACACUGUGGCCAGCAAGAAGGGAGGCAGUGAGUUGUAUAUUCAUUUCAAUUGCAUUGGCCAAAAUUUAGUCAUAAUGUCUCCACCUAAUUGCAAGGCAGGAUGAAAAAUACAGCUUUUAUUCCAGAUGGUCAUAUGCCUGGGAAAGCUUGGAUAAAAGAGGAGUAUGGGCCCUGGCUGGUGUAGCUUAGUGGAUUGAACACGGGCCUGUGAAUGAACAGAUCGUGGUUUGAUUCCCAGUCAGGGCACAUGCCUGGGUUGCAGGCCGGUUCCGAGCAGGGGAUGCACAAGAAGCAACUGUACAUUGAUAUUUCUCUCCCUCUCUCUUUCCCUUCCCUUCUAAAGAUAAAUAAAUUAAGAAAAAAAGUAUGGAGUGAAGGUAAGUGCAACCGGUGGUCUCUACCAAAGGUGGUUGAGGGUAUAUUGUUUUUAUUCUCAGAGAGAAUAGUCUUAUAUUUUACUUUAUUAGAUAUUUAUUUCAAAAGCAUGUCCAAUAGUUACAGAUCUUAAAAAUAAGCCUGAUGUUUUAUGCACAGAAGCCGAACUAUAUACAUGUAAUGGUUUAUUCCCAAAUCAGUGUAUUUUAUUUUAUUUUAUAUAUUUUAUUGACUAUGCCAUUACAGUUGUCCCAUUUCCCCCCUUCAUUCCCCUCCACCCUGCACACCCCCGACUAUUCCCCCCUUUAGUUUAUGACCACAUGUCUCAAGUUCUUUAGAUUCUAUAUUUCCCAUACUAUCCUUGCCCUCCUCCCCCCUAUUUUCUACCUACCUUCUAUGCUACUUAUUUUCUGUACCUUCUCCCCCUUUCUCCUUCUUCCACUCCCCUGUUGCUAACCCUCCAUGUGAUCUUCAUUUCUAUGGUUCUGCUCCUGAUCUAGCUGUCCUCUUAGUUUGCUUUUGUUUUAGGUGUGGUUGUUAAUAAUUAAUAACUGUAAGUUUGCUGUCCUUUCACUGUUCAUCUUUUUUAUCUUUUUCUUAGGUAAGUCCCUUUAACAUUUCAUAGAAUAAGGGCUUGGUGAUGAUGAACUCUUGAAUUUGAUCUUAUCUGAGAAGCACUUUAUCUGCCCUUCCAUUCUAAAUGAAAGCUUUGCUGGAUAGAGCAAUUUUAGAUGUAGGUCUGGAUUUCAUGCCAAGUCAGUGUAUUUUAUUUUUAUUUUUUAGAUUUUUAUUUAUUUAUCUUUAGAGGGGAAGGGAAGGAGAAAGGAGGAGAAACAUCAAUGUAUGGUUGCCUUUCACGCGUCCCGUGCUGGGAACUGGCCUGCAGGGGACCAGCUUGCAACUCAGGCAUGUGCCCUGACUGGGAAUCGAACCGCGACUGUCUGGUUUGCAGGCCCGCACUCAAUCCACUGAGCUAUGCCAGUCAGGGCCAAGUCAGUGUAUUUUAAAGAUAGUAAUACAGUAUCUAUUUUAGACUUUCCUUUUAAAAUUAAACACAAAUUAAUGUUCUCAAAUAUUUCAAAUUUAUAUUAGUAUUACAACUGUAAUUCCAUUACACUGAUUUAAUAAGUAUAUUAUACUUGGCAGUGUGUCUUGAGUGAUAUGUAAUUUGAAGGAAUACUCAACAUUUAAAAUACUUCUUUAUAUAGAAAUAUUAGCAAAAUAUCAAGUGUUAUAAAAAGUUUUAUAGUUUUACCCUGGCUGGUGUGGCUCAGUGGGCUGAGUGCUGACCUGUGAACCAAAGGGUCUCUGGUUCAAUUCCCAGUCUAGGGCAUGUUCCUGGGUAGCGGGCCAGGUCCCCAGUAGGGAGUGUGUGAGAAGUAACGACACAUUGGUGUUUCCCUCCCUUACCCUCUCUAAAAACAAAUAAAUCUUUUAAAAAAUGUAUUAUACUUUCAUGCUAAUUUCUAGGCUCAUGUUUUAGGCAUAUAUAUAUCCAUUAUAUAAUAAUAAUAGGAUUUUCUUUUCAUUAUGGACAACUCCAGAAAUAGAUAUAGAAAUGAUCAAUGUAAUUUAAUGAGAAGAAUUUGGUACUUUCUAAUUUGUUUUUUCAGGCUAAAAAAGUAGAUCUUUAAAUAGGUUGGAUUAUGUUUAAGCACAUUUAGUCUUAUACAUGAUCACUUUUCUACUUGUGGAGGCCAGUAACAAAUGACAAAUUAUGCAAGUAAAAAACCCAAACUUUUAUUUAUUGUCAUAGUAGACCAAAUAAUUUGGACCAGAUCUAACAAGCACAGCUAAAAAAGUUGAGAGCUAAACAAGAGUUUUAAAACAUCUGCCUAAGGAUAUGAGAGACAUGGUAACAAUGAAUAGUCGCUAGCACAAAUCUUCAGGCCAUAUAUCACAGGGACAAACGCCAGAUCCCAUGCUGUGCAGUUACAAGAACACAAUUAUCAAACUAGGAGAAUGGAUGCUGGCUGCAAACCUAAAAGUGCCUGUACCUGAACAGCAGGCCUGCACUUGUCAUUUGUGCGAGCACCUCCAAAAAUUAUAUGCACUCAAUAAACAUUAAUUUAGGGAGAUUCAACUUUACUAAGUCAUUUCUAUUUCCUUUUUUUAAAAUGUCUGGUUCUUAUUUAUCUAGAGGGUUUUGUGUUUUUAUUUUUCUGAAUACUUCAUAUAUGGGAGAUAUAGUGCCAUAUUUUUGACAAUUAUUGUUUGCAUUGUGUUAAUUUUUUCUAAAUCCUAUGUUUGCUUAUUUCUAGAUAAUGUGGUCCUAAUUUUUAUAUAUAAGCACCUAAAAUAUUGAUUAUUUCAUUAGAUUAUAUUAGAUUUAAUGAAACAUAUAUUGAUACAUGCUAAUUAGGCUUACUAAAAUUUAAGAUUCUUGUUCUCCAAAAUUUUUCCUUUGUGAACAAAAGAAUCUGUAUGUUUCCCCCAGUGACAAGCAAGUUAUUCAUGGCUAUUUUUUACUAUACUGAAGUGUGAGCUUAUAAAAUAAAUAUGUAGAGUUAAAUGUGAAUUGAAAAAGGCUUAAAUAUUAAAGUCAAUAGGAUUGGGCAGAGAAGGGGGAAUCUUCUGUGCUGCUGGGUGGAAUUCUAAAUGGCCCCUGAAAUUUCCCACUCCCUGGUGUACAUGCCAUGGCUAAUCCCCAGUACUGUGAACCUGAUGUAUUUUAGUGCUGUGAUCAGGUUAUGCUUUACAGUAGGGAGAUUGUCUGGGUAGACCUGACCUAAGCACCUGAGCCCUUUUAAAACGAGAGUUUUCCUGGCUGGUAGCAGAAUAGGAAGUCAGUGAUUCAGGCACAAGGAAAGACUCAACAUAGCAUUGCUGGUUUCGAUGGAAGGAGGUGUGUAGUAAGGAAUGUGGACAGCCUCUAGGAGCCCAGAACGGCCCCUGGUUGACAGCCAACAAAAAAUCAGGAAGUUCAUCCCUACAAUAACUGCAAUGAAAUGAAUUCUACCAGCAACCACAUGAGCUUGGAUAGGACCUAAAUGAGAAGCACAGCCCAGGCUGACAGCUGGAUUUCAGCCUGGUGAGACCCUAAGCAGAGAACCCAGUCACACUGUGCCCAGAUUUCUGACCUGCAAGAACUGUGAGCUCAUGUACCCCCUUUUUGGACUAUAAGACGCACCCCCCCCCCCCCAUUUGGGAGGAAAGGAAGGUGCGUCUAAUAGUCCAAAUGCAAUUUACCUGGCUCGCUGUGGAGGGCGGGGAGAGUGGUGGCCUAUGUUAUUUAUGCUAUUAAAUAGUUUGUCACAUUUUUUGCUUCAAAAAUUUUUUUAUUUUUCUCUAAAACCUAGGUGUGUCUUAUGGUCCAGUGCAUCUUAUAGUCCUAAAAAUACAGUAUUUGUGUUGUUUUAGAUUGCUAAAUUUGUGGUGAUUUGUUAUAUAGCAAUAGAAUAUUAAUACAAUGGCUAAUACCAUCUCUCAAGUAAUAGUCUACUUUUUACAUGCACAGCUUCAUAAAUCACAGUUUUGACAGUUUUGACAGUUUAUACUAUACUAAUAAAUGAAUCAUUUAAAAAAUUUAUUAUUGAUUUUUAGAGAAACAGAGAUACACUGAUUUGUUGUUCCACUUAUUUAUGCAUUCAUUGGUUGAUUCCUGUGUGUGCCCUGACCAGGAAUCAAACCCAUAGCUUUGGAGUAUGAGAACGAUGUUCUGACCAACUGAACUAUUGAGCCAGGGCCUGCUUUUUAUUCUUCUGACUAGACACCAAACAGCUUAUGAUGUAUCAAGAGAUGCUAAUUAAAAUGUUUCUGCUUUUGAGAGUUUUCAGGGUGAUACGACUUUUCUGGUAACCUAUUUUAUAAUUUUUAUAAUAUGAUUGUACUAAAAAAAAGAUAAACAAAUUUAAAGAAAUAGAGCAAACUCCCUGAGAGACAGAGCACACCCCACAACUCUCUAUCAGUGAAUGGGCUAGAGCUGAGUAGCCCAGACAAGACUGACGACAUAAUUUGUCAGGCCCAGAACACAGAGAAAAUGGGGACCAAGUGAAGAUAUAGCAAUUGUACAUACUAAAUACCGCGACUCUUAAAGCUACAGAUUCAGAAUAUUUUUCCCCAUAUAAAAAUUUCCUUAUUGCCAAGUCAUAGCCUCGUCACAGAAUAGCAGUCAGCAUCUGAAUGUUUAAAAAUUAUUUUUGAUGCUAACUUGAUCACAUCCUUCCGGUAUAAGAUACAUAUUAGGCUUUUUUCCUGCUUAGGUGUUACAUGUAUUGUGGUACACAGCUUUUAGUUCAAAUCUUCUAUAGUGCAAAUUAUAAUUACAUCUUAAGUCUACUUUUUAAAAAUAUUAUCUUUAAUAUGCCCACAUACUUACUUACUUUCACAACAUUUUUGGAUUUUCUAGCUCCUAGGUUAUACUAGCCCUGAAGAAGUAUUAGAGAACACCUUCCCUAUGGUCUCAUAAGCUGCUUCAAGACACCACUCAUACAGCAACUGGGCACCGUACAGGGCAGAGGGGCUCUAUUAGUACUGUGAGUGAGACUGGAAUUUAUAGCCACUUCACUCUCCCUAUAAUCAGAUACGCUUUUUUUUUAGAGGAUAAGAGGGAGAGUUCUUUACUCACCUAAUAACUCCACAGCACAUCUUCAGAAGAGACCAGUUGUAGGGAAUCAACUCAAGUCUAUCAGCUGAUACCGUGUCUUUUUGUGCACUCUGUUGAGUUUCUUUUUUAGGUAGACAGUGUGAUAGCUCUGUUGUAGACAGGUCUUUUUGGUAUGCUUUGUAAAGACUUAUGGAAUAAUAUAUUCUAGGCCAAAAGCUAAAUCUGUCCUACUUGUUUAUGUCAUGGAGACCGAUGUCUGUGGAUGAUGGUUCAUAUGGAAACAGAAAACUAACACAGAUGUUUCCUGAUGCAGAAAUUCUUAGGAACUCCCAUCUAUGGAAGAUGCUACUUAGUAAAACAUUAGUUUGUCUUUUGUAUUUAAUUAACAAAUUUUCAGUUAUAUAUUUAAACAACUAGUAAAAAUAUUGACACUUUAUUAUCCUCUGUUCAAUAUGAAAGUAUAUUUUUUCAGGGAUCUAUGAACAACUGCCCUUUUCACAUUUAAGUCCAAAGAAAGAUCUUACUGUACAAUUUUGAGAGCUAAAAUACCUCAUUCAACAAAUAUUUUUCAUUUUUAUAAAAAUAAAACCAAGUUAAAAAUAUUUGGGGAUACUUGCUAGGGGGAAAAAAUCAAAACAAGAAAAAACUGUGGAAGGAUGCGAAGUGUAGACUAUGUCUUACAAAGAAUGAACUUACAAUUCGAUUGAAGAGGUAGUGGGAAAUGUACACAAGUAACUUAAAUACCAGCACAUGUUUCGUAAAGUGUCUCAGUGAUCAGCAUAAACAGAAGGUACUUAGGUCAAGGAAGGAAUAGAUGAUCAUAUAGCAAGAACUGUGUUUUGUACUCAGUCGAUUGAUGUGACAUCAGAGAAGAUUUUUGAAAGAGGUGGAUUGUGGUCUACACUUCAAAGGACUGAAAGGGUUCGGACAGAGAUGAAGGACUUGAGCUUCCCAGGUGAAAGGGAAUGAAGGGGGAGGGAGCGCAGCAGAGUCACAAGGUGGUGAUGAGGCAGCCGGCCUGAUAAGUAAGGAUUGAAAUUCGGAAGUAGUGGAAUAAAGCAUUGUAAGUGGGAUUUGGCUAAUUUGUGAACAGGUCUGAAAGCUAAUCAAUCGAUGAGUAAAGGGGAGCGAUGUGAAGAAAGGUGUUUAGGGAGGAUAAACGUGGUGAACAGCUUGGGAGAAAAAGGGAGAAACUAACAGAAAAAUCUUGCAGUAAGCUGAGUGAGAAGUGAUAAAGGCCUGAAAAGAGUGAUGUCAGAACAAAAAGGAAGGAUAGAUAAACCAGAUGCUUUGAAUUUUAAAUGAAAACACAAAAGUAAAAGAAAAGAAAAACAGAAGUUUCGAACCAUAUGCUGCAGAAGGGCAAUAUCUGUGGAUUAAGUCAUAUACGUAAUUUAAAGAAAUUGAGCAUUGUUUUUAGUCCUCACCCAAGAAUAUGCUUAUUGAUUUUAGAAAGAAGGGAAGGGAGGGAGGAAGAGAGGGAGAGAAACAUGAGUGUGAGAGAGAAACAUCCAUUGGCACUGGGGAUGGAACCCACCUGUAACCUGGGCAAGUGCCCUGACUGGGAAUUGAACUCGUGACUUUCCGGUUUACAGGACAUGCCCAACCAACUGAGCCACACUGGGUAGGGCAAAAUAGAUAUGUUUUUAAAGAAAAUUCUGAAAGUCUUAUAACCCAUUCAUAUUUUUAUUUAUACCACAAAUCAUAUUUAUUGAUUACCUGUUAUGUGGUAGACAGUGUUCUGGGGAUACAGGAAUGGAUUAGGGAAAUAACUGUGAACAAAACAGAUAAAAAAUCACUGCUAUCAUGGAGCUUACAUUCUAGUGGGAGAAAUCGCACAAACUGAUAAAUAAGCACAAUAUAUCAAAUUAUAGAUGUUAAUAAGUACUAUAGAUGAAAACUAGAGGGGAGGGGGAUCGUGAGUAGCAGGUGCAGUAGGGAGAUCAUUUUAAACAGAUUGAUAAAAGAAAGCCUCACUAGGAAGUUGGUAUUUGAAGGGAAAAAAACAACCUGAUGGAGGUGAGCAAGCAGGUCAGGAAGUGGUAGCUGGGAAAAGAGCGGUACAGGCCAAAGGAACAGCUAGUAGCACGACCAGAGUGGGCACAGUUCCUGGCAACACAGAAGCAGGGCGGGGGUGGGGGGGUGGUCCAGGAGUCAGGCUGUUGUAGUACUACAGCUUUUACUGAAUGAGACAGGGAGUCUUUGAGAGGUUUUUUACAUUUAUUUAUUUAUUUAUUUUUAGAGAGAGAGUGGAAGGGAGUAAAGAGGAAGAGAGGGAGAGAAACAUAGAUGUGAAAGAUAAACAUCGAUUGGUUGCCUCUUGCAUGCACCCUGAUCGGGAACUGAACCCACAGCCCAGGCAGCUGCCCUGAGAGGGAAUGGAAUCAGCAACCUUGUGCUUUACAGGAUGAUGCCCAACCUACUGACCACAUGAGUCAGGGAAAGGGAGUCUUUGAGAGUUUUAAUCUUUAACUCACUUAACAAUAUCAGGCUUUCUGGGUUUAUUCAAGCCAAAGUUGUUAUUCUUUUCUGACUGAAAGAAUUGGGUUUCUAUUGCUUGUAGUUGAAAAAAGUCCUAGUUUAUGAUCCUCUGUCUUGUAUUAAUUUCUAUCUGGAAUUUAAUGCUAAUUGAGGCACACAAAAACAUUCUCAGUUAAUGGUUGUUUUUUAAAUGACCCUCCCCCCACCAAAGAGUACUAGGCUAGUUCCUGUUUUGAGACUAGGCCAGUGGUCUUUCAUGUUUUUUGAACAAGUACCCCCCAAAAUAACUUCCACACUUUCAGAUUGAUAUUGAAAACUUUUCACCAUAAGUUCAAAUAUUUGCCCAAGUUGUAAUUUCUAACAUAUUGUAAAUAAUGACUUUUUAAUAGGUUUUAAAAUAACUCUUUUAAAUCUAUUUAGUAAAAGUGCACUAUAGUAAUUUGAAAACAACCAUUCAUUAAAAAUACAUGAAAAUACAUCAAUAAGUUGUUCUUUAACAGUGGGAAAUUUUUAUCUCAUUUUCUUUUCUUUUUAAUCUCAUAUUUCUGUUCCACUUCUCCCAGAAAAUGUCAUAUUGAAAAUACAGGUGGUCUUCACUUUGCACAGUAAUGCAGGACCAUAAAAAUGACCAUGCAAGAUUACCAUGCAAAGUCAUCUUAAUAAUCAGUGGGAAAAAUUAUAAUUGUCCUGUGACCUUUAAUUUUUUUGUUGGAACACUAAAAACUCUAUUACUGUCAGUUAUAAAUGUAUAGGAAAAGGAAAAACAUAGUAACACCAUAUCCACUUAGAGCAUUACAAUUAUAAAUACUGAGAAUUAACAUAUAUUAUCUCUUUGUAAAAAACCAAAUAGUACAUUCAAAUGUUGGUUCUUGAACAAUUCAGUUCUCAACCAAGUUGGGUCUUUUUUUAGAGGUUUCAGCUUUUCACAAUUGAGUAUGAUGUGAGCUGUGGGCUUUUUAAAAAAAAAAGAUUUUAUUUAUUUAUUUUUAGAGGGGAAGGGAGGGAGAGAGGGAGAGAAAUAUCAACAUAUGGUUGCCCUCUUGUACAUCCCCUGCUGGGAACUGGCCUGCAACCCAGGCAUGUGCCCUGAUUGAGAAUGAACCACGAUCCUUUGGUUCACAGGCCAGCACUCAAUCCACUGAGCUACACCAGCCAGGACUUGACCAAGUUGUUCACGGAAAAAGUGUCUUGGUUGUCUGACAAAACUGUGGGUCUCAGUUCUCUACCCGACAACCCUUUCAUGCUGACACCUGUGUGACCGACCAGUCACACGUCUCUCAGGAGACAAAGGAGAUUUGAUUUUUGAGCAAAUUGCUUCUCGAACAGUUUUCCAGAACAAAUUAGGUUUGAGAAUUGAGGUACCACUGUAAUAAGAAGAGUUUUUACCUUCUUUUUGUUAUAUAACUUACAAUAUGGAGCAACCAUCUUCCUAUGCCUUGGUAAAUUGCCAUACUCCUAGGUUUUGAUCGACUUCCAACAUUUUAUCUUUUGUACUCUCGAUGUCAUGAAAUACCUCUAAGAGUUUCUUUAGUGUUCUUUGCCAGCAUCAAUUUUUCUGGAAUACCUUUAUCGCUUUUGUUAACUACCUUCCUCACGUCAGCCAUGUUGUCCACUUGCACCGAGGUCCGCGGGCUGCCUCUCCAGCCUCCCUCUUGGCGGCAGCGUUGCAUUUCCGUGGGCAGCUGCUUCCUGGAGGGCGUCGCUGUGUUCAGUUCAAAUUUCUCUUGCAGCGUUGCCACUUUUCAUUGCUUUGCUAACUUUCAUUUUUGUUGGUCAAUGCCCUCUGCCAGUGAUCAAUUUUUGUAAAAUGUGCUUACACUUAUCACUGGUGGACAAGAAUGUAAGGCAACUGAAAGCUUUUUUGUGUCAAUGUGAACUGAAUAGCCAAUGUACAGUGACCUGACACCAACAAUUUUGAAACAAGAGGCAUGAUUGGUCACUGAUCGUGAUGCUCAUCUGUAAUUUAUGUAGUGAUCUGUGGACCGAAGAGCUACAGGAAAAAUGUGUGUUUUAUGAAAUUGCGGUUAAUAUGCCAUAGUAAUUGAAAUUUGAAUCCUCUUUAGGGAUUGGUGUUAUAUAACCUAACCAUGGUGACUGAAAUUAACGUAUGUUGGAAUCAUUCAAAGAAAGGAUUGUCUAAAUAUUUUUAUACUCGAAAAUCUUGUAUUAAUCAUCUCUUAAACUUCUUUGCAAAAAUGUACAUAAAUUAAAAUUUUAAUUAUUUUAUGUCCUUUAUGCAUUUUAAAUUUUAAAAAUUAUUUACUGAUUUUACAGAGAAAGAGAGAAACAUCAAUUUUUUUGUUCCACUUAUUUAUGUAUUCAUUGGUUGCUUCUUGUAUGUACCCUGAUUGGAGAUCGAACCCAUAACCUAGGUGUUAGGGACAGUGCUUUAGCCAACUGAGCAACCUAGAUCAGUGCCUUGAUUCUUAAGUAGUAAAAAAAAAGGAUGGACUUAUUAAUGUUGCAAUUAUUAUAAUUUAUUGAACAAUAUAAA